CGCAGGGCGGAGGGAGGGAAGGAGGGAGUGAGGUCCGGGGCCCCUCCCUGCUGCCGUGCAGCGGCGGCGGCCCCGCUUCCCCCGCGGGACUGAGCGGGGGACCCGGUCCCGCCCCGGGGGCGGUCGGGGGCGGCCGGCCCGUCCCCUUUAAGCGUCGCGGCGGAGGGUCCCGCCCGCUCAUUUCCGAGCACGCAGGAAGUGCAGGCGGGCUCCGCGCCGGCCCGCGCGGUUCUGUCUUCGGUUUGCUGACUCAAAUUCCAAGGAUUUGAGAUUCCAAGGAAAGGAGGGGAAGUGGAAUAAAAUACUCAAGUGCUAGAGGAAAAGCAAGACUAGCCAAUGAAAAUUACUAUUACUAAACUGUAGAUUGCUCUCACACAUAGUGGGGGGAAAAAUUGCUGUCUGUUCAGAGCUUACAAAAUUACUUUUGCAGAUUUCCUUCACAAAACUUCAAAUAAGCUAGGCCCCUUCAACUAGGGCUGAAUUAGGAAAUGGAAAUAUGAUUCCUUGCUGGUGUCUUCCAUCUUCCUCUGCUUUUGCAGUUUUUUUCUGUUUGGGAUAGGAAAUCCUGAACAAAUUGUAUGGCGUCAGCCAGACUUACAGUUGAUGGUUAUGGAUGACACAGGAACUUCAGAUUUACAUCUCUGUAAUGACACCUGAUUAAAGCAAAGCUUGAAAACUGCUCAUCUACUGUGUUACCAGAACUUGUAGUAGCUAUUACGGUUGUGUUUUCUCUCUAAGAUUUGAAAUCUGGGGUGAUGUCCCCUGGAAAGCAAGAACAUAUAAGUCAUCUUUUAGGAUUGGAAACAGAAAUAAUAUGAGAAUGCCCAGAAGAGGCUUAGUAAUUCAAGCCAGGACUCGUUGGCUAUUGGUGGGCCUUGCUUUACUAUUCAGUUUGGUUUUGCUCAUGUAUUUGCUGGAGUGUGCUCCACAAACAGAUGGCAAUGGAUCUCUGCCUGGUGUCGUAGGUGAAAGCAUGGGUAAAGAAUACUAUCAAGCUCUCUUGCAGGAGCAAGAAGAGCAUUAUCAAAACCGAGCUACCAGUCUGAAACGUCAGAUUGCCCAGCUAAAGCAAGAGCUUCAGGAAAUGAGUGACAAAUUGAAGUCCCUGCAGGAAAAAAAAACCCCGAAGGUCAAUGGUAUGAACUACCAGGGCACCAAAGAACAAACAUCCAAUGAUCUCCUAGAGUUUCUUCAUUCCCAGAUUGACAAAGCUGAGGUGAGCGUGGGGGCCAAACUGCCUAGUGAAUAUGGAGUCAUUCCUUUUGAAAGCUUUACAUCCAUGAAAGUGUUCCAGUUGGAGAUGGGGCUCACUCGGCAUCCAGAAGAGAAACCCGUUAGAAAGGAUAAGCGAGAUGAACUGGUGGAAGUUAUCGAGGCUGGCCUAGAAGUUAUCAAUAAUCCAGAUGAAGAAGAUGGGCAAGAUGAAGAUGAUGGAGUAGGAGACAGGCAGCUGUAUAGUGAAAAUGAUUUCAUAGAAGGUUACUAUCGUACAGAAAGAGAUAAGGGGACACAGUAUGAGCUGUUUUAUAAGAAGAUGGAUGGCAUGGAGUACAGGCAUGUCACCUUGUUCCGACCUUUUGGACCCCUCAUGAAAGUGAAGAGUGAAACAGUCGAUAUUUCUAGAUCGAUCAUUAACGUUAUUGUUCCUCUUGCUGGAAGAACUGAGGCAUUUGCACAAUUUAUGCAAAACUUUAGGGAUGUGUGUAUUCAUCAGGAUAAGCGUGUUCACCUCACAGUGGUGUACUUUGGACAAGAUGGUCUGUCAGAAGUAAAAAGCAUCCUAGAAUCUGUAGCUAGAGAAACUGACUUCCACAAUUACACGCUUGUCUCUCUGAAUGAGGAAUUCAACCGAGGCCGAGGACUUGACAUGGGUGCCAGAGCCUGGGAAAAGGGCGAGGUCCUGAUGUUCUUCUGUGAUGUUGAUGUUUAUUUCACAGCUGAAUUCCUCAACAGCUGUCGCUUAAACGCUGAGCCCGGGAAGAAAGUUUUCUAUCCUGUGGUAUUCAGCCUUUACAAUCCUGCUAUUGUCUAUGCCAAUCAAGAUAUACCACCUCCUGUGGAGCAGCAAUUGGUACACAAGAAGGAUUCUGGUUUCUGGAGGGAUUUUGGCUUUGGGAUGACUUGUCAAUAUCGGACAGACUUUCUGACUGUUGGGGGUUUUGACUUGGAAGUGAAAGGCUGGGGCGGCGAGGACGUUCACCUCUACAGGAAGUACUUGCACGGUGACCUGAUGGUGAUCAGGACGCCGGUGCCUGGGCUGUUCCACCUGUGGCACGAGAAGCACUGCGCGGACGAGCUGACCCCGGAGCAGUACCGCAUGUGCAUCCAGUCCAAAGCCAUGAACGAGGCGUCGCACUCGCACCUGGGCAUGCUGGUGUUCCGCGACGAGAUCGAGGCGCACCUGCGGAAGCAGGCCUACAGGACUAACAGCGAGGCCGUGGGGUGAGGGGCUCCCCGGGCCGCUUGGUGACUUCAAUUCACAGUGAACCAGCAUCAUUUUACAGCCUUAAUUCAGCUUACAAAUGCAGUGCCUCUCUUUUUCACUGAAGAAGAGUUUAGAGGGUUUUUUGGUUUUCAUGUUUGUUUUCCGAAUAAUCCUUUGAUUGAUAGGCUCUUACCUACAUAUCUUGUGAGUUCAAGCACCUCAGCUAAAUUGGACAGCAUAUGUAGUUCAAGGAAAGUGUCUUCAGUAUCAACUGGAAAAAUCUGUGGAAUGUACAGUUCAACACUUUUCCAUGUGGUACAUUUCUGUUCUUAUAUUGGCAUUCUUUUGAGAAUUAAAUGAAACAAUCUUUCAUGUCUUGAGUAUUUUCAGUCUGUAUGGCUCACUGCACUGUGACUUUAUACUUCGACUCCAUUGUAGAAACAAGAGAAAAGUGUGGGAAAAUAAUCUCACCAUGAAAGGUAUAUGGACAUGCUGACCAGUACAGCAGCUGUGGAGGGUGCCGAUUCCACAGCAAGGGCUUGGUGCCACAUUGCUGUAUUAACAGACAUUGACAUGGUUGAAUAGAGAAUCAUUUGGGGAGGUGGGAAUGAAAAUCCUUUUAAGUGGAAUUUUAGAGCAUAUAAUAGAAGUUCACACUGCAAAGGAAAUGCCACCUUCUUAUUUCAGUGAUAGAUCAGACAAGUUGGGAACAUUGCAGCUGGGUGUUUCUGUGCCUGCUCUUUUCCCACAGCAGAUGCCAUAUCCCUUCUAGAAACUGAGCUGUGCUAUUAAACUUGUUUGCUUAAAUAUUUUUGGCCCCACUCCUUCUUAUUCCAAGUCCCUGCCAAUGUAUCUCAUCCUUUAAGUUGAGGAACCACCUUUUCAUUCCCAUACAAAUUUAUUAGAGGCCUGUUUGCUAUUGUGCCAGUGUUUUCCUUGUGCAUUCUUUUUCUUUGGGCAUUUUCCUGACAUGUUUUUGUAAUGUCAUAUACUCCUAGUUGAUUCAGUGACUGAAAAAGCAAGUGCUAUUACAGUCUUUCUUUAUACAAUGCUCUUCAUUACACUGGUCAUCCUAGCAGCCUUAUUUCUUCACUUUUUCAGUUUGCAGAUGUUCUAGGGUUUUCAUUUUGAUUUUUUUUCCUCUGGGUUUUUCUUUUGGGUUUUUUUUUUUUUUGCUUAUUGGGAUUUUUGAGCAUGUUUUAAGCAGAAUUAUGCUGUGGUCUCAUGAGUGCCUUGUACAAUGGCACUACUACUUUGGUACUUACCUUUUGGGUGUUUUGGGAUGCAUAAACAGUUCAAAUGCAGGCAGGUCAUUUUUCUCCAUGUUGUCUUAUAUGAUACCAUAUGGCAUGCCUCAUUUUUUAAUACAUUUGUUUAUAGAAUGAAUGCAGAGAAUGUUAAUUCAGUGGUUAAACCAUUUGCAUGGUUUCUGCUGAAUUUAGAUAUUAGUUGAAAACCUUUCUCAAACCAGGUAAUUAAGAUCUGUUUAUGGAUUUGUUUUGCUCAAGAAUUCUGAAGGCAACUAAAGAUUUAAAUGAUUGAUUUCUGAAUAGCAGAUAUGCUGUGCAAAUAGUUCUGGGCACUGAUCCUUUUUUAUAUGUAUAUAAAAUUUGCCUUUAUGUAACUUAUUGUGGAGAACAGUGUACUGUAUUGUACUUAGAGUGAAGAGAAUGCAUUGCAGGACUUCUUGCAAUUGAUAUUCUCAAUAUAAUAAAUGGAAUUUCUGCAUUUUAGAAA